AUAGGAUAUGAUACAUCUAUAUUUAAUUAUUUAUUUAGCGUGUGAAAUGAAAGUCUCGAGGAAGCAUAACAGGGCAGGCAGUGGGUUUUCAUUCUCCCUUUCAUUUCUCUCUCGAUCAAUCAGAUGGAAUUACGGAGCUAGAAGGCCAUUUCUUUAAUUGUUUUCGUUGAGGAUUGAGAGCUGUUGGGAGCAUUUUUUUGAAGAAAUCCAACAUUAUAUCUGAAAACAAGCGAUCUAUUAAUUCUGAUUUUCUACCUAGUAUUUGCUUUUCAUGAAUUUGAAAUCAGAGCCUAGAGUUCUUCUAUUCAGUAUGGUUUAUCUCUCUAGUGCUUUGAAGAAUGGCUGUCAGCUUCAUCAGACUUGAUAAAGAUAAAGAGGGCAGAGGAGGCGAGAAGAUACAAGAGGAUAUGGCUUCUUUCUAGGGAAGUAAUGAUUUCUUUGAAAUGGAUGAAACAGAACUGCAAAAUCCCUUAUUUCUGGAUAUUAAAUCUGAAGAUGACAAAAUAGAAUUCCAAAGAGUUGAAAAUCAAAGUUUUGCACCAGAGAAAGGAGAAGGCAGCGGUGUAGUUUUCUCUAGAGAAGCACCACUUAUGGGGAAAGAAUCAAGAAUGUCCACUCCUUACUGUUGCAAUGCCAAGAAGCUCAAAUCCAGGGCCGUUUCAAUAGAUUGUGAGUUUGGAAAUAAUGAGAAAACAGUGGUGGAGAAGAAACUAUGUAGGCAAGACAGAAUUGAGUUGGGUCGGUUGUUUCAGGAUGCAGUGAGUUCCCAUAACUGGGAACUUGCUGAAAGUUUGAUUUUGGUUGCUGAUCCACAAACCCUUAAUGAUGCCUUGUGUAUAACGCUGGAUUCCAUCUGGUUCUUGACCACAGAGCUAGAGCUCACUGGGAUAACAGGAUUUAUCAGGAAGAUCAUUGCAAAUGGUGCUUAUGACUUCACAAGAGCUGCCCUGAGGACUUCAUUCCUUGCUUCAUGUGUCUCUGCUUGCCAAAGCAGAACAAUGAGUCUUGCUGAUACGGUUGCUGUAAUGGCUCAAAGGUUGCAUGAGCGUCUCCAGGAAUGCAAUGGAGAUGAAGUCUUGAAGGCAGAAGCUGGGGCUAAAGUUCAAAAGUUUACUGAAUGGGCUUUAAAAUGUAUAGGCAUCCAUUCACGACUUCAGAAUGAAAGGGAUAAUGUGAUACACAACUCAGCUGUUGAGACUCAGCUCCGGUUAUCUGCGUUUAAGACAUUCCUUGAUCUUGCUGGCAACUGUCUUACAGGGAAGGACUUCAGUGAGGCCUUUGAUGCUGCUUGCUUUCCACUUACUCUUUUCUCAAGCUCAUUUGAUCCAGGUUGGGCAUUUGGGGUGUCAGCUACUGUAAUCCAAGGGUUGCUAGGCAUGUUAGUAGAGGGGGGUGCAGACAAUGUCAAUCAGUGUUUCUUGGAGGCUUCACGUUUUGGCAGUACAGAACUUGUACGCAUACUAUUACAGAUAGCACAAAGAAAUAGCUUGGAUGUUGAUGUUGACUUGGCGUUGGGCUUUGCCUCCCAUUAUUGCAAGAUAGGCACUAUGGAGUGCUUGGUGGAAGAGGGAAAUGCCAUAGCUUUUUUGGGCCCUUUAAUGAGAGCUGCCGAGAGGGGCUGCAUGCAAGUUGUUGAGUGGUUUGUGCAGAGGGGUUGCCGAGACAUGGAGCUCUGUCUUGCCCUUACAGCAGCCACUUCUAGCUGCCAAGUUCACAUUGCUGCUUAUCUUCUUCCACAUGUACCUCAGCAGGUCCUUGGAGCGCUUAGUGUUGAAAUUCUCAAGGCUGCUGGUGAACGCAGUGGUGGCUCUCUUGAUGGUGUCGCAUUUCUCCUCCAAUCUGACUUCUUAGGUGAUCCUGCAGCUACUUAUGCUGUUGCAGAUAUUAUUGCUAAAUCCGAGGACGAGGCUGUUGCUCCAGAGCUGAAAACUUUUCUAAGGGAUCACUGGUCAGAAGGAGCUUAUAUGGAGGGGCUAAGGUUAGGACAAGAACAUUACAUGAAUCUUGUGAGGAUCAUUAAAUGGGGCGAGUCUCCUAUUUGCUUAAGAGAUCUUCCGGCGCCACUGACAGUGGCAAUUGCUUACCUCCCACUUUAUAGGGAGUGUGUCAAGGCGGGGGGUUGCUUGUUUUCACAAAGGCUUAGGGGACAACUGGUUGAAGCCGCAAGAAGGCUUGGGGAUAGAGUCUUUGAUGAAGUGACCCAUGGUAGAGAACUAGUGGUGUUUCUGGAGAAUCAUCUUCCUAACUUUUUGCUCCAUCCCCCUCGCACUGCUUAGCUAGAUUCAGUUACCAUUUUUAUGUGUCAAGGCGGGGGGGGGGGGUCAGGAGGCACUUUGCAGGAUUUAAACCUAUUAAUUAUUUGGGUAAGUUGCACUUGUUCUGCUCUGUAUUUUAUAAAUCAUCUUACAUUUAAACAUGAAAACAGAAUGUCAUUUCAAACGAAUCUUGAGUCAGGGUGAACAACAGUAAACAAGCAUUUUAGGGGUA